UUUUGUCGCUAGGUAUUUAGGGAAAAUAAGUGUUGCUGCUAUCUUUACCUUUGUAAGACAAAAAAAUAAGGUCUUUCUCACAGAAAAAUACAGUAAGAAACGAGCCCCUUUGCUUCUUCUUCUUCUCCUCUAAUCUUUCAUUAAUCUUCCCAGAUGCACUACUAGAUCAUCUCUUUUCUAAAAUACUGCUUCAUUUCAGGAAAAGGAACGAAACAAUCUCAAAGAUUUCUGAUGGAUUAGUUAAGGAAAAUGGAGAAUGUAGAGUGUGGUUGGAUGUAUGAGAGGUUGGAUGGACGAGGAGGUAUUAAUUCUUGUUUCAUAUCGGGUGUGGAUAAAUUUCUCCAGUUUGCAUGUUCUCAAUGAAAUCGCAUGAGUGGCGACAAUGUAGUAAUUUGAAUGGUGGUGCUCAACCAGAAUUUGGAUAUGAGAAUCCAUACCGAAGAAUGAUUCUUGACAUAGUUGGGCCCAAUAUUAGCCAGGGUUCGAGUUCGCAAUUUGAUAGUAAUGUUGAACCUGAGUCAUCUCAUCCUUAUGAACCUUCAAUGGAGGAGGAGCCUAAUCUUAAAUCUCAGAAGUUCUAUGAUUUGCUACAGGCUGCCAAUGCAGAAUUGUAUCCUGGUUCUUCUCUCUUUCAACUUGCAGUAGUUUCUAGGAUGUUAAACAUUAAAAUGGAGAAUUCAUUGUCACAUAGGGGUUAUGACCAAAUGAUGCAACUAUUUAAAGAGCUUUACCUAAAGAUAAUAUAGUGCUUGAUAACUAUUAUCAGACUAAGAAGCUAGUGCGUAGCUUGGGUUUGCCCGUUGAAAAGAUUGAUUGUUGUAAUUCAGGAUGUAUGUUAUAUUGGGGUGAGGACGAGGACCUCACAUCUUGUAAAUUUUGUGGCUACCAGAGAUAUAAGAGUCGUGUCGGCUCUCGUAAGAGGAAAUUGGUCCCUUACAAGAAAAUAUAUUACUUUCCUUUGAUUCCUAGAUUGCGGAGAUUAUAUGCAUCCCAUGCUACAACUGCUGACAUGAGAUGGCAUCAUGAGCAUGUAGAAGAGGAGGGGCUAAAGCGUCAUCCAUCAGACUUUAAGGCUUGGAAGCACUUUAAUGAAACUUAUUCCUUUUUUGCAGCUGAACCAAGGAAUGUAAGGUUGGGAUUAUGUACUGAUGGUUUCCAACCAUUUGGUCAAUCUGGGAGGAAAUAUUCUUCGUGGCCAGUGAUUGUCACUCCAUACAAUUUACCUCCACGGAUGUGUAUGAAGGAGGCUUAUAUGUUUAUAACUGUCAUUGUUGCAGGACCAACCAAUCCUAAGCAAAAUAUUGAUGUUUAUCUACCACCUCUAAUAAAAGAACUAACCUUGUUGUGGGAUGAGGGUGUAGAAGCAUUUGACAUCUCAAAAAAGCUAAAUUUUCAAUUAAGGGCAACUUUGAUGUGGACAAUCAGUGACUUUCUAGCAUAUUCUAUGUUAUCAGGAUGGAGUACCGCGAAGAAGUUAGCAUGUCCUUACUAUAUGGAGGAAGCACAAUCUUUUAUAUUACAUCAUGGUGGAAAAAUAUCUUGGUUUGACAGUCAUAGAAUGUUUCUUGACCAAAAUCAUCCAUUUAGGAGAGAUCGUAAAAACUUUCUUAAAGGUCAGACUGUCAAAAGGCUACCACCAACCUUUAUAACUAGAGAGGAAAUUUUAAACAAAAUUAGUGAGUUGGGACUAAGGAAAGUGACAGAGCUGGAUGUAGAAGAAGUUAAUCGGAGAAUAUGUAAAACUUGUGGAUGGAAAAAAAAGUAUCUUUUGGGAUUUUCCUUAAUAGAAUUCCAACAUGAUUCGACAUAAUCUUGACAUCAUGCAUAUUGAAAAGAAUGUCUUUGAUAAUGUUUUUAACACAAUUUUUAAUGUUAAAGACAAAACCAAAGACAAUCCAAAAGCACGUCUAGAUAUGGUAAACUACUGUGAUCGAUCUCAGUUGGCAAAGGAUGCAAGUGGAAGCUAUCCCAAAGCUGCAUAUACAAUAGACAAGGCAGCAACAGAUAUCUUGUUUGAUUGGUUGAAAGGUUUGAAGUUUCCGGAUGGGUUUGUUUUGAAUUUGAGUCGAUGUCUAGACACGACCAAGUAUAGGGUAUUUGGAAUGAAAAUUCAUGAUUGCCAUGUGUUCAUGCAAUGAUUAAUGCCUAUUGCCUUUCGUGAGUUGCUUCCUAAUAAUGUGUGGCAAGCACUUACAAAAUUAAAUUUAUUUU